UUCUCAAACCCGACUCUAGGGUUUGGCGUCGUCUCUGCCCGAUCGCGCAUAGCAAACCAUGGCUUGCACAAUAGACUUUCGCUGCCUUGACGAGGGGUUUGGCGGGAAAACCUACAAACGCAAAAGAGAGGCUAAGGCAAACGACGUCGCCGAAGUUGACAACGGAGAUGGCGCCGGUGCUUCGAUGGAUGUCGACGACACUUGUCCUCCGCCAGCAAAGAGAUCGGCUUUGCCGUCCGCCGAUGACCCUAACAAGCCGGUGUUCGGCAAGCCCAGCUACGACGGCGUGAUAGCAGGGAGGGUUUCAGGUCGUAAGUGGAAGCAGCCUAAGAAGAAUAGGGCGUCGGCGGUACAUGUGACUCGGAAGGGCACGACAUUUGAGCAGAGGGAGAGAGAGAAACAGUUGAAGAGAGCCUAUAAGGAAAGGAUGACAGAGUUGAAGGAAGAGAUUAGGUUGAACAAGAUUGAGAAGAGGAAGAAGAGGGAAGAGAGGGAGAAGAAGAAGCAAGAGAAUAUUUUGAAAUCUGGUACAAAACUUCAGGUGAUUUCCAAUCCCAAGACGUUGAAGAAGAUCGCCAAGUCCAAGCAGAGGAAGCAGCUCAAAGUUGUUUCUGAUGAUAUGCUCAAGAAGUAGCCUGCUUUUCUUUUGUUGCCAUAGGGGGAUGUAGCUCAUAAUCCUACGUCUGUAGUUUCUGUUAUAAACGAAAUUUUGCUCGGGAUAGUGAUUUGGAUCCUAUAAUUGUUGAGCAGUGAUUAAAAUGGUGUAUUAUCUCAGGGAAAUUUUGCUUUUAAGUUUCUGUUUAUUGCAAUUCUGAUAAUUGCUGUUUGGAAGUUCUAUGGUGAGUUAUUGGAGUGGCCCAUUCGGAGCUUUGAUGGCUGCAAUGCAUCCUGUUAGAAGCAUUAUAAUCAAUUGAAGUUCGAUGAGUCCAACAUGCUAUUAUUUCAGUA